GUUUCGAUUUUUGAUGAGCAAGAGAUGACACGCGCGCGGGAAAUGCGUUUUACACAAAUUAAGUUACAUGCAUGAGUGGUGUUUCUAUAAAAAAAAUUAUCGUUGAACAUAUACUUUCUUGGCGUUACAUCCGAGAGAGACGCGUAGUGUAAAUCAUUACUAAUUGACUUAGAAAAUAUAUCUAUGCAUCGCGUUAGUGUUACCAUCAUCGCUACUAUUUGUUUCCUCGUACUGAUAGUAAAGGCGGAAGAGGCUGUCCAACAGAAUCAACAAUCGUUGGACCUGAGAAAUGUCGCUAUCGAAGAUCAGGCGGACAGCGGUGCGACGCACAUCAGAGAAAAGAGAACAUUGCUUUUGAAGAAGAAGCUGCUCGGCGCUGGUCUUCUCGGAUUCGGUCUUGGCGUCGCAAAAGGUUACAAAGCUGGUUACUACAGCGCACCGGAAGUCCAUCACGUUUACCUUUCUCCACCGGUGAAGUACGUAGAGUACGUGGAGAAACCCGUUUAUAUCGAGAGAAUUGUUCCAAAACCCAUUUACAAACCGCAUGCCGAGUAUGCUGCGCCAGUUUGGUCGCAACCAGACCCAUCUUACGGCGGCUGGUAGAUCUGGAAUACAGUUCGCAUUAAUAACAUCGUAUCAGUCUGAUCUCCUUUUACCUCGGAAAUUUUAGGAACAGCCAAAAAUUACGCAUGCAUCAUGUUGAGUCUCAGUCAGGUCAUCCAACUUUAAAUAUAGGCAUAAGAUUAUCUAGAUUAUCUAUUAUAGUAAUAAAAAAAAUUGUUAUUUUUGUUACUGAUGUUACAGAUUAAUAAAUAACGAUUACUAAAUA